GCUCCUCCCACUGGGCCCCGAGGUGCCCAGUGACAAGCAGAAGAUGCCUCCAGAAGAAGACUGACAACACAGGGCUGUCCCUUCACCAGGGGACAGGGUAUGUGACAGGCAGAGGGCACAGCGGCAGGCUUCAGAGCAGAGUGUGUGCUCCCCUUACCAGCAGCACUCAGGAGGCUGAAGGAAGUGUCGGAGACCAGCGCCACAGGGCAGCCUGGGGCUGACGCCACGUCACCAGCCUGCAACAUGAAGAACCGUGGGUGUCUGUGCCAGUCUGUCUUUGGCAAGUGUUGAGCAAUGGAAGGAAGGCUGGAUGAACAGAGAACAUGCCCCAGCCUCACAGCAGCCCCCGACAGCUGAGGGAGCCUUGUGUGGACCCUAGGGCCUGGCACAGACAGGCCUGCGCUCUCUCCUGAAGAUGGACCGUCACAACAUGUCCUGGAUCCGCUACCCUAGCCAUGUGUCCCCAGCUGUGGAGGACGUCAUUGCAGCACAGACCGUCAUUUCUAGGUUCGUGCAGGUGUAUGUAGCAGUGUUUGUCCCGCUGGGCCUGGUGUCGGGGCUCUUCAGUCUCAUCGUGUUCAUCCAGGACCGCACUAGGCUGGGGGUUCUGGACAGGCUCCUUGCAGGCCUCACAGUCACUGGCAUCUUUGCGACUCUACUGUCCCUCAAUGCUGCUGGCCGGCCUGAUUACGUGUCCACGACCAACCUGGGCUGUGGGGCGCUCUCAUUCUUCUCCAACGUCUGCUACUUUACAGCUCAGUACCUGCAGGGGGCCAUGCUCGUCCUAUCUCUUCUGCCGGGAUCUUCAGGCUACCAGCUCUUGGCGAGGCCUGUGGCAAGCCUAGCUGCCAUCGGGGCCUGUGCUGUGUGUAGCUCGCUCAUCGUGGUGUCCCUGCUGGGCACAUCUGGGGAGCUGCACACAACCACCCUGUGCCAGGUGGAUCCACUGACUGCAUGGCCGGAAUACGAGAUUGUCAAGUUCAGCCUAGGCUUCGUAUUUGCCUCAAGCUUCCAGAUGGUUCUCUUCCUCCUGUAUGCUACACAGCCAGCCUGGCGGGUGGCUCCUGCUCCGAAGGACACAGCCUCUGGGCGCUGGGUGGUACUGGCUGUGGCUCUCAACAUGUUUGCCUGUAGACUCUUCUAUAAUGCCAUCCUCCUGCAUCGGGCCCAGCUGAAGCUUUGGAAGGAUGUGGGCUCCCCCAGAGAUGAGCUGUUCAUGAACCUCGCAGAGCUGGCCCUGUCUGUAGAGAGCUGCAUCAACUUGGUGGCCACCCUCCUCCUCCACCCACGGUGCAGGCUCAGGUUGCUGGGCCUCCACGAACGCCUCACACAGAGAUGUAGGCGGGGAGCGGACAACAGCAUGCCCUUGAACAGAAUAGGGGGCUAGACAGGGCCUGCCUGCUGGCACAAGCCACACUCCUUCCUGGUGUUCAGGGAAGAGUGCCUUUCUAGGGAGCCUGGGCAGGGUUCACAUGGUCUGGAUAGUGUUUAACAAACACGAGCUUGCCUUCGGUCACCUCGGCCUAUGCAAAACAAGACAGUUUCUCUUUUCAAAUCAACAGACGCACCUUGAGGAACACUGAGUCAAGGACACAAAGGCAUGGGUACAGAGGCUGACCAGAGACCAUGGGUCUGCUGGAGGGUGUCCUGACUAUAAUGGCCAUGUGUGCCUGCUGGCUGCCAUCCUCCAUUCCAUAGCCCAGGCCGAUGAUACAGGAAGGGCACUGUGGAAAUAAACAGUGCAUAACUUGUUUCUUUCUUUUUUAAAUAA